GAGUCGAUGAGUCUGUAAGGGAAAUUGCAUUUUUAAUGGAAGUUAAGGCUUAAUUAGCACAUUCAUACUUAAAUUAAUAUAUUAAUCACAAGUUAUAGUUUCAUCCCCAUUCUGUUGUUAUACCGUUUUUACUCUAUUGUAGAACCCACCAAUCAUAUAGGUAGACUCGCAGUAAUAACCCAUAUAUAUUGUGUGUACGUUUAAUGUAUUUUUUAUUAAUUAAAAAUAUAUUCUUUAGUUUUCCAAAAAAAAAACAUAUUCUUUAAUUAAUAAAAGUCUAUACAACGGUAAAGUUUGAAAUCGUGAUAUCAAAAUGAGGAAACCCCUAAAGAAAAUGGAAAUCUUUUCGACGAUAAAAUAAUUACAUAGUUUGGAUGUAUUACAAUCUUUACUUACUACAUAAUUAAAGUAUAAAAAUUCAAAUGUUAUAAAACUGAGAAAAAAUAAUAGUAGUAGCCACCUAGGCAUUUAUUUAUUUUAAAAAUGAAAAAAAGAAAGAAAUAACAAUAAAUUGAAGAAAUAUCACUUUAAAAGAUGCUCUUUCCCUCCUCACAACCUCCCAUGAGCUCUUCUCAGUUCUCUGAGUCCCCCUUGAAGUAAGUAACCACACAAAGAGAAAGAGAGAGAAAGAUUCAGACACAGUUACAUACAUACGUAAUGGAGUUGCAUGAACCUGAAACAAGAACACAAGUUAUGUCUUAUGAUGAUGAUUACAUAGACAUGGAGAUCAAUCUCUCUUCUUCUUCUUCUACUUCUCACUCCUCAAGCUUCAUCAGCUUCGACGUCACCUCCUCGCCACCGCAAAACCGAGAGUUCGAGUUCCAAAUGUGCUCCUCCGCCGUAGCUUCCGGCGAAUCCACCACAUGUCCCGCCGACGAUCUCUUCUACAAAGGUCAACUCCUUCCUCUCCACCUCCCUCCUCGUCUCCAAAUGGUCCAAAAGCUUCUCGCAUCCUCCUCCUCCACUGCAGAAAAAGAUACUCCGAUUUCCCCACGCGCCGCCGCAUUUUUGCCAGGGAGAUUCAGUAGCAGCGAGAUCGAAGUAAGAGGCCAAGACGAGCUCAGCGAGAAUCUUGGAAAGAGCAAAAAGAUCAAACAGUCAUUGAUAACUCAGAAGCUCAAGGCCUCACGUGCUUACAUAAGAUCUCUCUUCUCAAGACAAGGAUGCUCAGAUUCAUCAGAGAUCGGGAUCAAGAACUCUAAAUCCUCGAAAAACAAGAACCCACUAGGGAAACAAGAAUCCUCAAAUCCUCCAUUGAGUCACAGAAGUUCGUUCUCUGGUGUAAUACAGAGGCAUUCUCAAGCAAAAUGUUCUUCCUUGUCUUCUUCCUCGAGGUCGUCACUUUCGUCUUCGUUCAGUUUUGGAUCAAACGGGUCUUUGGAUCUGCAGACGCUGAUGAGAAGCAGCAAUGCGAGCUCGGAGGUUGACAACUCCAUUGAAGGAGCUAUUAAGCAUUGUAAGCAAUCGUUCACCACAAGGAAGAGCAAUGUGGCUGAAUCUGAGUUCUCUUCUUCAAGAGCAUCUGUUUCUACUUGAGGUGACAGUGAAAAAUGACAGAUUCUAUUUUUUUUUUUUAAAGAUUAUUAUGUGUUUUUUUUUUUUGUAGAAGUUUGGUAAAUUUGAGGUUCUUUCUGUGUUAAUGCUAUAAAAUUACUAAAUAGUUUUCCUGCAGAUAUAUUAUGUAAUGGAUAAAUAUGAAAAUGAAUAGUUACAGUUACCAGAUUUUUUUUU